AUGCCAAAGAAGACCAUUGAAGAAUGGACAGAUGAUGCCAUUGAAUCUACACCAUAUUUGGCAAGUGAUGAAAAAUCUGCAUCUUUUAGAGAGUCUACUCAACUGAACCAACAAGAUACCGAGAAUAAGAUAGAAGGUCACCCUACUGUGAAACCUUGGGUACAUUUUGUGGCAGGUGGUAUUGGGGGUAUGGCGGGCGCUAUUGUCACCUGUCCAUUUGAUUUAGUAAAAACUAGGUUACAAAGUGAUGUCUAUAAAAACGUCUACAAAUUUAAUGCAUCUAGUCAUACAGCAUCAUCAAACUUUAAAAUCGUUCAAAUAGCAAGUCAGGCAGGCUUGCAUUUUAAGGAAACAUGCGGGAUUCUUGGGAACGUAUAUAGACAAGAAGGUUUUAGAAGUCUCUUUAAAGGUCUGGGACCAAAUCUUGUAGGUGUCAUUCCUGCUAGAAGUAUUAAUUUUUUCACAUAUGGUACAACUAAAGAAUUAUAUUCUAAAGCAUUCAAUAAUGGUCAGGAAUCACCACUGAUUCAUUUGAUGUCAGCUGCUACCGCCGGGUGGGCUACAUCGACAGCUACAAAUCCUAUCUGGAUGAUUAAAACUCGUGUUCAAUUAGAUAAAGCAGGUACGACCAGACAGUACGCAAAUUCCUGGGAUUGUUUAAAAAGUAUUAUAAAGCAUGAAGGUGUCAGAGGUUUGUAUAAGGGUCUAAGUGCGUCAUAUUUAGGGUCAGUAGAAGGUAUACUGCAAUGGCUACUUUAUGAACAAAUGAAAUUAAUGAUCAAAACUAGAUCGAUAGAAAAAUUUGGUCAUGAUGAUGAAAAACACAAAAGUACAGGUGAAAGAGUUAAAGAAUGGUGUCAAAGAUCUGGUAGUGCAGGUCUAGCCAAAUUUAUCGCUAGUAUAGUAACAUAUCCUCAUGAAGUUGUUAGAACAAGAUUAAGGCAAUCUCCAGUUGAAAAUGGUAAAAUAAAAUACACUGGAUUGUUGCAAAGUUUUAGAGUUAUUAUUAAAGAGGAAGGUUUUAAGUCAAUGUAUAGUGGACUGACACCACAUUUGAUGAGAACCGUACCAAAUAGUAUCAUAAUGUUUGGUACGUGGGAGGUAGUAAUUAGACUUCUUUCACAAAUAUAG